UCCACCACCGGCAAUCCCAGUAUGCACCGCGGACAGAGCAGCAAAAAAUAGUCCGCUAACGAAAGGCUAAAGAAACCAGAAAACGGUAGCUCACCAGCUAAAUUCACGAGUAAGACUACUUAACGGAACCAGAAUCGCGAACAUGGCUGACAACGAGAAACUGGACAACCAGCGGCUGAAGAAUUUCAAGAAUAAGGGCCGUGAUUUGGAGACUAUGAGAAGACAGAGGACUGAGGUUGUGGUGGAACUCAGAAAGAACAAAAGAGACGAGCACCUUCUGAAGAGGAGAAAUGUUCCCAAUGAGGACAUCUGCGAGGACUCGGAUGUCGACGGAGAUUUCAGAUCGCAAAACACUUCUCUUGAAGCAAUAGUACAAAAUGCCACCAGUGAUAAUCAGGGCGUCCAGCUGAGUGCGGUUCAGGCUGCCAGGAAGUUGUUGUCCAGUGACCGUAACCCUCCCAUAGAUGACCUGAUUAAGUCUGGGAUCCUUCCUAUACUGGUCCACUGCCUGGACAGAGAUGACAACCCAUCUCUCCAGUUCGAGGCAGCCUGGGCUCUAACCAACAUAGCAUCUGGUACCUCAGAGCAGACCCAAGCUGUGGUCCAGUCCAAUGCUGUGCCACUGUUCCUGAGGCUGCUUCACUCUCCUCACCAGAAUGUGUGCGAACAGGCCGUCUGGGCCCUGGGCAACAUCAUAGGUGAUGGCCCCCAAUGCAGAGACUAUGUGAUCAGCCUGGGUGUGGUUAAGCCCCUGCUCUCCUUCAUCAGUCCCUCCAUCCCUAUCACCUUCCUCCGCAAUGUCACCUGGGUCAUGGUCAACCUGUGCCGCCACAAGGACCCGCCACCACCAAUGGAGACCAUUCAGGAGAUCCUGCCAGCACUCUGCGUGCUGAUCCACCACACUGAUGUCAGCAUCUUAGUCGACACGGUGUGGGCUCUGUCCUAUCUGACGGACGCUGGGAAUGAGCAGAUCCAAAUGGUCAUCGACUCUGGCAUCGUCCCUCAUCUGGUGCCUCUGCUCAGUCACCAGGAGGUCAAAGUUCAGACCGCUGCCCUGAGGGCUGUUGGGAACAUCGUCACUGGCACAGAUGAACAGACCCAGGUGGUGCUCAACUGUGACGCUCUCAGCCACUUCCCUGCACUCCUCACACACCCGAAGGAGAAGAUCAACAAGGAGGCAGUGUGGUUCCUGUCAAACAUCACAGCCGGCAACCAGCAGCAGGUGCAGGCUGUCAUUGAAGCCAAGCUAGUGCCCAUGAUCAUUCACCUGCUCGACAAGGGUGACUUCGGCACUCAGAAGGAAGCAGCCUGGGCCAUCAGCAACCUGACAAUAAGUGGAAGGAAAGAUCAGGUGGCCCACCUGAUUGAGAAGCAGGUGAUCCCGCCAUUCUGCAACCUGCUGACAGUGAAGGAUGCCCAGGUUGUGCAGGUUGUUCUCGACGGCCUGAGCAAUAUCCUAAAGAUGGCUGAUGAUGAGGCUGAAACCAUUGCUAACCUUAUUGAGGAAUGUGGAGGUUUGGAAAAAGUGGAGCAACUUCAGAAUCAUGAAAAUGAAGAUAUCUACAAAUUGGCAUAUGAAAUUAUUGAUCAAUUCUUUUCAUCUGACGAUAUUGAUGAAGACACCAGCCUGGUCCCAGAGGCCAUCCAAGGUGGAACUUACGGCUUCAACUCCGCCAACGUGCCAGCUGAGGGAUUCCAGUUCUAGACGGCUUCUGGGGUAUUCUGGAGUUUUGUUCACGAUGCAGCACUCUGUUCAACAUAAAAAAAAUUAGGAGAGAGAGAGCGAAAGAGAGCGAGAGUGUG